UCACGUUUUAUUAACUCGUAUAUUAUCAUUAUCAAAAAUGAAUUUUUAUUUUCGUUUUGGAAUAUUACUUUGUUUCAUGUGUUUAAUUACCAUACCUACGUUUUCAAUUGAGGUGCCAAACCCCAAAAUAAACUCGCUUGAUGAAGAAUAUGAUCUCAUUGAAGUGACUGAUUCAGAUGAGGAAAUUGGACCCAAUGAAGUGAUUGAUUAUUCAGAUGAGGAAAAUGAACCCUAUGAAGUGAUUCAUUCAGAUGAGUGUAAGAAUGCAAUAAAAGAUUUUUACAACCCAUCAAAUGAGAAAGACUAUCCAUUUUCAUUUUUUGCCAUUCAACAUGUAUUGUCUCAAUUUUUUAAUAUUUCUGUUGAAAAUGAAGAAAUUUUAUUGAAAAGAAAAGGAAAUAUUGAAUUAGUUCAACAAAACAAUAUUUCUAUGUUAUUAGAAAUUUUUGCACCACAUACAUCAGAUAAUGAUUUGAUAUUACGUAUUUUAAAUAAGUUUGGACAGAAAAAGAAAGAAGAAAAACGCCUUAUAGAUUGCUUUCAAGAUUAUGGCCUAGGAAGUCCCUUAAACGUUUCAAAAGAUUUAGCACAAGAAUUUUUUCAUUGUAAUUCAUUGUUUCCAGAUACAAAUUCUGAAGUGUUAUGUAAUGAGCUACUCAACAACUAUACAGAUGAAGAAGAUAUAUUUAGUUUUCAAAAAAUGAGAGAAAACGUUGCCAAUGAUUAUAAAGGAGAUAAAUCUAAUAUAUUAACUUAUGAUAACAAUCAGAGAAUUUGGAUAACACUAAGCUCGCAAUAACUUCUAUUUAUAGUUUAUAAAAUAUAGUAAAACUUCAAUAAAAAUAUUUGUUCUAUAACACA